UACUGUAUCUAAUUACACAAGGCCAUUUUCGGACCUAGGUGAAAUAACUGUUUCGGGAAUACUGCUUUUAAUGCUGGCAUACUAAACAUUUGGUGUUACUUUGUAGAUAUUACAAUACAUUUGGCAAUGAUAGCAAUGCUGUUGGACUUUAAAAGCAGUGUAUAUGGUUUGGCACGGGCAUAUUUUGAGUUCUGAUAUUGGGCUGGUUUUUGGGCUGGUUUUAUUGGCCAUUGGGCUGGUUGUGUCACACAGACCUGGCAACCCUGACAGCUUGUUCUCGCCGGUUUAAGCUUCUCCUUCCGCGGUGGCGUCGCAGCGUCAGUCGUGCGCGGCUCGGGUUUUCCUUUAGCCAGAUGUUCCCAGAUGCUGUGUGCGUUCGAAGAAGUAAAAUAAAUACUAAUGAGGCGUUGAGUCGCCCGGGGAGAAGUUAAAAACACACUUGACACACGAUGCAAGAGCGAGCUCACAUUACACCGCGUCCGAAGGAAUGUCGCGCCUGACCGAGGCGGCUAGCCGGGGUCGGCUAACCGCAGGCUAACGGCCGACGGUUAGUUCGCUCAACUGCCAGCGAAGAAAUAAGUUAAAGUUGAGAUAAACAAACAUAUAACAACACAACCACGUGUAUUUUCACCGGCGCGGCGUUUGUAAAACUUUCGACUUUCACGCGUUGACUUCAUUUCCGUCGUUUAACGUCGUAACGUCAUCGACGCCAACGGCCGCUUCAGUUCGGGAGUCAACAGCGGGAUGGUGUCACUGUUCGGCACCGCGCGCCUACUCGGAAGAAGGAAGACUUCGCUGCGUGACCUUUUGAAGCGGAUUUGCGCCGACAUGUCUUCGUCCUCCUCCUCCUCCACUCCCUCCGGUAAGCGGCUGCGGGUCCUGGUUGACAUGGACGGGGUGCUUGCGGACUUCGAGGGGGGGUUCCUGAAGAAGUACCGGGCCCGGUACCCGGACGAUCCCCACAUCGCCCUGGACGACAGGAGAGGGUUCUGGGUGUCCACGCAGUACGGGCAGCUGAGGGGCGACCUGUCUGAGAAAGCCAUCAGUAUCUGGGAGUCCAAGGACUUCUUCGUAGAACUGGAGCCGCUGCCCGGAGCCGUGGAGGCGGUCAAGGAGAUGGCCCAGAUGGACCACACGGAUGUCUUUAUUUGCACCAGCCCCAUAAAACAUUACAGACACUGCCCGUACGAGAAGUAUGCCUGGGUAGAGAAGCAUUUGGGUCAUGACUUCCUGGAGCAGGUCAUCCUGACCAGAGACAAGACGGUGAUCACCGGAGACGUCCUCAUCGACGACAAGCCCGACAUCCUGGGCGUGGAGGCCAAACCAACGUGGGAGCACAUCCUGUUCACCGCCUGCCACAACAAGCACCUUUCCGUGGGGCCGUCCCAGAGACGGCUACUGUCCUGGGAGGACGACUGGAGGGCCGUCCUGGACACAAAACGCCAGUAAUGGAACCCCCCCCCCCCCCCCCCAUGAAUGAUCAGCCAAAUUAUCAAUAACUUACAGGUUUGGACGUUUUCUUUUUGCACACUUGUUGCACUGAGUUUGGGAGAAGUCAUACACGUGUUUGACCACCAGGGGGCGCCCCGACACCGAGUGUGAAGAGACGAUUUCCCUGAAGAAAAAACAUUGACAUGCUGAGAGUCACCUGGACCCUAAUGUUGUGUUCUCAUCAUGUAUGCAAAUAUAUAUAUAUAUACACGAUGUACAAAAGAUAAACAAUGAAUAUGGUGCUUAUUUUUUUUCACAAUGCAUUUUUAAUGGUUCUGAAAAAUAAAACUGCACACACACUCAUGCAUGUUGCCAAAAAAAACAUCACUUGUGUUUGGAAACAAUCACUGAAAAAAUGUUUGUGAAUAUGUUUAAGAUAUUAAAAGGAGGAAAAUAUAUUA